ACACACACACACACACACACACACAUACAAUUUAGCACUCCAGACAUGUGUGCGUGUGCCAUACAAUCAAAAUCUAUCCAGCAUGUGAAGAAAAAGGAAAAUAUUACUCGUAAUUGGAAAAAUCAAUAUAAAUAUAUACAUAGAUGAUAGAAUUAUCAAGCAAGGACAUUAAAUAGCCAUUAUAAAAUAAUAAAUGUUAUGAAGAAUAUAAAGGGAGAGGCAUGAAUAUUAUGAAGAGGGGAAUAGAGACAAAGAAAGGCACAAAGGAAACUUCUAUACUUGAAAAAUAAAGGGAUUGGGACACUCUGGAAGCUAAGACAGGAGGAUUUCAAGUUUGAUGCCAGUCUUCCUGUCUCAAAAGGAAUAAAAAGGAGGGAUAGAAUCACAAGGAAAACACACCACAAAACCAUUAACCAAAAGACUUGUGGGAGGGGGCUGGGGACAUAGGUCAGUGGUACAGCACCUGCUUACCAUGUGUGAGGCCCCGGGUUCAAUCUUAAAGACAGUGCGGCAGGAGACUUAAUGAGUUUUCUUCAACUAAAAUACAGAGAGAUGGCUCUUUGCCUCAGAACAAUCAGUUACUGGUGAUUAAAUCUUUUUCAAGUACCAUAUUGAUCUCCAAUCAUUAAUCAUUUUUAAGUGAAACAUUACACCAGCAUUGUAGAACAGAAAUAUAGUGUGAGCCUCCACAGUGAACCUCAAUUUUUCUAGCAGCUACAGUUUUAAAAGUUAAAAGGAACAGUGGUAGAUAAACAUUAUACAGUUGUCAAAGCACACAGACUGUGCAGUCCCCAUAGUGAAUCCUAUUGGUGUGUCAGCACAGGCGUGCUCAUUGUCACGGACGUACCACUGGUGGGGGACAGUGGUUAUAGAUGAAGUUGUGCGCAGGAAGGUCAGGAGCCAUGUACUUUCUGUACCUUCCGUUCAACUUUGCUGUGAGCCUAAAACUGUCCUAAAACGUAAAGCCUUAGUUGAAAGGGGAAGAGGGUGGGGUAGCAAUAACGUAAUACAGUGCACAUGUAUAAAAGCCUCAAAAAAUGUUUAAAGAAAGGAAAGUCUAUUGUUUUAAAGAAGUACAAAGCGGUCAGGGCAGGUUGGGAAAUAAGUUCAGCCAUUGAGUCCCAUGGCCCAAAUUAAGAUCCCAGUUUCAGAAUGUUCACAAUAUCCAACUGUCAAGACAUUCUAAAUACAGUAUGAAGCUGGGUGCAUAUAAUUUCAGCACUUGAUCAGGAAAUCAAGGCCAGCUUUGUCUUCAUAGUAAGUUCAAGGUCAUCCUGAGCUAUAUGAGAUCCUCCCUGUCUCCAAAAUACAAAUAUAAAUAAAUAAAUAAACACAAUAUAUAUUCGUUAAUCUUAUCAAGAAGACCGGGGGUUUGGAGGGGGAGCCUCAGAAGUAAAAUGUCCUCACCCAUAGACACAGGGCUAGUUGUGAGUAGUGUACAGUCUGGACUCAGGAGUGCAUCAAGACCUUGCUCUUUGCACUAGUCAUUGCUACCAUCUGACUCCGAGGAAAGCUAACUGCAUUUAGUGACCUGAACAGAGGAAACUGGAAAUAAGCAAUUGACUUCACUUCUGAACAGCAAGGUAACUCUGAAAUGGAUUCGCUGUCUGUUCAAGGGCUGGACAGUCCGGAAGAGGGGAAGCUCUCCUACACAGUGAAUUAUUAGCUUUGAUUAGUAGACCCUCUGGAGCAUUCUCCACCGUAGAUGCUAGAGUGGCAUGGGAAGACCCUCUCCAACAAACUAUGAAUUUCAAGGCUCUCCAAGUCUAGUCAUACAAGUUGCCCUGCCCUUUUCUCUGGUAUUAGGUAUUAAGUAUAGGUAUUAACAGUGCGUGAAUGGCACAGCGAGGCCACCCUGUGAGCUCGUAGCCUUUCAGCAGAGCCCUUUGACCUUGAGGGGAGGCCAGACGACACGCCUUCUUUAGGUGGAAGCAGCACUUGGACAGGAUCUUGAGUAUUCAGGAGGACGCAGGUAGCCGGUUCCCCCGCUGCGGUUCAGGUUUGACUUAGCCUUUGGAUUUCAGACGGACUUGGUAGAGCAGUCGCCUCUCAGCCGCGGGGGCCCCCUAUUACCCCGGCAUACGGCAGAGGCGCUCCAAAGGGGUCUCCAGCCUCUGACUUCCCGUUUGGAGAAUGCUGCCCGGGAGCCCGAGGCCGAAGGCGACACACAGCUGGCCCAUAACAAAGAGCCAGGGUCCAGGGCGCGCUGCCGCCCCCCGGGAGGUUUUGGAAACUCUGAGCGGCCAGGGCGGGGCUUCGGGGCGCCGCAGCCAAUCACCAGAGGUCCAAGGGGCUGGGGGCGGGGUCUGGUGCCAGCGGCUGCGGCGGCCAGGCUGGGUCCGAGCAUCCCGCGGCUUCGGACCCGCCCGGCCCGGACAUGGCGAGCGUCCGGGCCUCCCCGCGAAGCGCGCUGCUGCUGCUGCUUCUGGCCGCGGCGGGGGUCGCGGAGGUGACGGGGGGCCUGGCCCCGGGCAGCGCGGGUGCUGUAUGUUGUAAUCAUGCAAAGGAUAACCAAAUGUGCCGUGAUGUAUGUGAACAGAUUUUCUCCUCAAAAAGUGAAUCCCGACUGAAGCAUCUGUUGCAGAGAGCCCCAGAUUACUGUCCAGAAGCCAUGGUUGAAAUUUGGAGUUGUAUGAAUUCAUCUUUGCCAGGUGUGUUUAAGAAGUCCGAUGGCUGGGUUGGCUUAGGCUGCUGUGAACUGGCUAUUGGCUUGGAGUGUCGACAGGCAUGCAAGCAGGCAUCUUCAAAGAAUGAUAUUUCCAAAGUUUGCAGAAAAGAAUAUGAGAAUGCUCUUUUCAGUUGCAUUAGCAGAAAUGAAAUGGGCUCGGUGUGCUGCAGUUACGCAGGUCAUCACACAAACUGCCGAGAAUUCUGUCAAGCCAUUUUUCGAACAGACUCUUCUCCUGGUCCAUCUCAGAUCAAAGCAGUGGAAAAUUAUUGUGCCUCUAUUAGUCCACAGUUGAUACACUGUGUGAACAAUUACACCCAGUCUUACCCCAUGAGAAACCCAACAGAUAGUUUAUAUUGCUGUGACAGAGCUGAAGACCACGCUUGCCAAAACGCCUGCAAGAGGAUUCUCAUGUCUAAGAAAACAGAAAUGGAGAUUGUUGAUGGUCUCAUCGAGGGUUGUAAGACCCAGCCAUUGCCUCAAGACCCUCUUUGGCAGUGUUUUCUCGAAAGCUCGCAGUCAGUUCACCCUGGGGUCACAGUGCAUCCUCCUCCCUCGACUGGCCUUGACGGGGCGAAAUUGCAUUGUUGCUCUAAAGCAAACACUUCAACAUGUAGGGAACUGUGCAUGAAACUUUAUAGCAUGAGCUGGGGAAAUACUCAGAGUUGGCAAGAGUUUGACCGUGUCUGUGAAUAUAAUCCGGUGGAGGUGUCCAUGUUGACAUGUCUAGCCGACGUCCGGGAACCUUGCCAGUUGGGCUGUAGAAACCUUACUUACUGUACAAACUUUAACAACAGGCCAACAGAACUUUUCAGGAGCUGUAAUGCUCAGUCUGACCAGGGAGCCAUGAAUGACAUGAAGCUGUGGGAGAAAGGAAGCAUAAAGAUGCCCUUCAUCAGCAUCCCUGUUCUCGAUAUUAAAAAGUGCCAGCCAGAAAUGUGGAAAGCAAUUGCGUGUUCCCUGCAGAUUAAACCUUGCCAUAGUAAAUCCCGAGGAAGCAUUAUCUGCAAAUCAGAUUGUGUAGAGAUACUCAGGAAAUGUGGAGACCAGAACAAAUUCCCUGAAGACCACACGGCUGAAAGUAUUUGUGAGUUUCUGUCCCCUGCAGAUGACCUGGAGAACUGUAUACCUCUGGAUACAUACCUCAGGCCAAGUGCUUUAGGUAACAUCGUAGAAGAAGUGACUCAUCCCUGUAACCCAAAUCCUUGCCCAGCCAAUGAGCUCUGUGAAGUAAACCGAAAAGGGUGUCCGUCUGGAGAGCCCUGCCUUCCGUACGCUUGUGUUCAAGGUUGCAAACUGGGGGAGGCGUCUGACUUCAUUGUCCGUCAGGGGACACUGAUCCAGGUGCCGUCCUCUGCAGGAGAAGUGGGUUGUUACAAAAUCUGUUCCUGUGGACAGAGUGGCCUCUUGGAAAACUGUAUGGAGAUGCACUGUAUCGACCUCCAGAAGUCUUGUAUUGUUGGAGGGAAAAGAAAAAGUCAUGGAACAUCCUUCAAUAUUGACUGCAACGUCUGUUCUUGUUUUGCUGGCAAUUUAGUGUGUUCCACCCGCCUCUGCCUCAGCGAGCACAGUUCGGACGAUGACCAUCGCACCUUCACAGGUCUGCCCUGUAACUGUGCAGAUCAGUUUGUCCCUGUGUGUGCACAGAAUGGACGCACCUACCCCAGUGCCUGCAUUGCCCGCUGUGUGGGUCUCCAAGACCAUCAGUUUGAGUUUGGACCUUGUGUCUCCAAAGAUCCCUGCAAUCCUAACCUCUGCCCAAAAAGCCAAAGAUGUGUGCCAAAACCACAGGUUUGCCUGACGACCUUUGAUAAAUUUGGAUGUAGCCAGUAUGAGUGUGUGCACCGACAGCUCGCCUGUGAGCAGGUCCGCGACCCUGUGUGUGACACAGAGCACGUGGAGCACAGCAAUCUCUGCACUUUGUACCAAAGAGGAAAAAGCCUGUCUUACCGAGGCCCCUGCCAGCCCUUCUGCAGAGCCAGAGAGCCUGUCUGUGGGCACAAUGGUGAGACGUACAGCAGUGUGUGUGCUGCCUACUCGGAUCGGGUGGCAGUCGACUACCAUGGGCCCUGCCAGGCUGUCGGGGUCCUCUCUGAACCCAGUGCCGGGGCGGCGGCGGCCGAGUGUGCUGCUGUGAAGUGCCCUUCCCUCUCGGCUCUCGGCUGCAAGCCCAUCAUUCCACCCGGUGCUUGUUGCCCAUUGUGUGCUGGGAUGUUACGGGUUUUAUUUGACAAAGAAAAGCUGGACACUAUUGCUAAGGUGACGAACAAGAAGCCGGUGACAGUUCUGGAGAUCCUGCAGAAGGUCCGCAUGCACGUGUCUGUCCCACAGUGUGAUGUGUUUGGAUACCUGAGCAUCGAAUCGGAAAUUGUGAUCCUCAUUAUUCCUGUUGACCAUCACCCAAAAGCUUUGCAGAUUGAAGCCUGCAAUAAGGAAGCAGAGAAAAUUGAGUCUCUCAUCAACUCGGACAGCCCCACUCUGGCAUCCCAUGUCCCUCUCUCUGCCCUCAUCAUUUCCCAGGUGCAAGUCUCCAGAAGCCUCCCAUCCUCUGCUGAUGGGGCCAGGCCUCCCUGCCAAUCCCUGCUCCUCUUCAGCCUGGGCCUCGCCGCACACUUGCUCUGGACUCGUCUCUGAGUGUUCACAGAAACCGCAAAGUAUCCCAUGACUCGGCUGUCCGACCUUGUGAAAGACGUUCAGGACUGCUAGCUGGUGGCCGAGCAAAAGCGUGUGUCACCUCUGAGCACCACACAGUAUUUUUUUAAUCUGCCAAUAUUAGGGGGUUUUGCCUUGAUUUUAAAAUGAUAAACUAGGCUCUCCCAGUGUAGUGGAGAUCUCUUGCUGGUAGGCCACGGGGCCACAGUUUACAUUUUGCUCAGUAGAGAAGGCCCCUUCUCCAAAGCGAAUUUACCGUCACUGACCUAUGAGACGGUCACUUUAUAGAAGGAGGCCCCUUUGCUGUCGGGUCCGUGUCCUAAUAUCUUCCGAGUUCCUCUAAGUGUUGAGGUUGCCAGUGUCUUGUUCCUGUGUCUGGAAGCUGAGGGCUCAGUGCAGAGCCACUGCUGUGAUGGACGACGUGGAAGGAGAGAAAGCUUCUUCGAAAUGAUCACAGGCUGACUCCAUAGACAUUUGAGACAGGGCUCCAAUGUGCUUAGCAAAGGCCCAGCUGACCAAGUGACACUCAUGCACUUGUCUUGCGAGUGGUCCUCUCAGUCCUGCCGGUUUGUGCCUGGGAAUGGGGGCAGUCCCCUGCAUCCCAGCAUCUUGUGUCACGCAGUUUAUUAGCCAGAUACACUCAUCAGGACUCACCAAGUUCAGAGUUUAAAUAUCAGAUUUAAACCAGUUGCUGCUACUAUAUAAUUGCCAAAAAAUAAGAUAAUUAGUAGUUCAUGUAAAUAGUACAUGAUUUUUUUAAUUUUAUUGUGAAGAAGGUGAAUAGCCAUAUUUGUAAAAUGACAAUCAUAUGUGUUAGCCCCAUACUUUCCGUUCAUGAAGACACAUUUGCUUUUUGUGAUGUGCACAGUAUGGAUAAGUGUCUGUCUUUCUUUUUAUAUAGAAUUAUAAAGAAUGUGGUUUAUAUAUUUAAAAUGUCAGGCUAAGUAUUAAAAUGUUUGCAUGUUGUCUAAGAAAUUGGAUACUUUGAAUGUUUCACAGUUUGAAAUAAGCUAUUAAUGUAAUACUUCUUGUUUGUAUGCACCUGAACUUAGAUUUUACAUGAAGUAUUUUUCAGUGUUACAUGUACUCUCUGAAAUAUAGCAAUAUGCUUAUUAUACCAAAAUGUUGUUGAAAAGUGGGCACUUAAAGCUUUCAGAGAGUCUCCGUGCUGAUGUUAAUGUGGCCUCUGUUGGAAUUGCCAAUUUCUGUCUACAUGUCAGCAUACUAGACUAUACUGUAUAUACAUUCUACAUAUCGUCUACCACAAUAUGCUAUAUAUGUAUUCUAUAUAUAGUUUACAGCAAUACACUAGAAAGCUUUUCUAUUUUAAUAAAAGUCAUUUUAUAUGA